GGCAAGUCAGUCAGGUUGAAGCAGGGAGAUAAAGGGGACCAAGGCAAAGGAAGCUCCUCUACCGCAGUCUGGACUCGGCUGGCUAGCUAUUUGUUAAUGAAAGGAGGCUCCGGCCACCAGGGCCAGAAUUAAGCCAUGGAAAGUCAGAUCGCUCGUUGCAAAAUUGUUGUGGUUGGUGAUGCACAGUGUGGAAAAACUACUUUAUUGCACGUUUUUGCCAAGGAUUGUUAUCCAGAGAACUAUGUCCCCACUGUGUUUGAGAACUAUACGGCCAGUUUUGAAAUAGACAAGCAAAGGAUCGAACUAAAUAUGUGGGACACUUCAGGAUCAGCAUAUUAUGACAAUGUUCGUCCGCUGGCCUAUCCUGACUCGGAUGCAGUGCUAAUCUGUUUUGACAUCAGUCGUCCAGAGACUCUAGACAGUGUUUUAAAGAAGUGGCAAAGUGAGACACAAGAGUUCUGUCCCAGUGCCAAAGUGUUGGUGGUUGGGUGUAAGAUCGACAUGAGGACAGAUCUGAACGUCCUGAGGGAACUGUCAAAGCAGAGGCUUAUUCCAGUUACACAUGAACAGGGCAGUACAGUGGCUCGGCAGAUAGGAGCAACGGCCUAUGUGGAAUGUUCAUCUAAAGCUUCUGAGAACAGUGUCCGUGAUGUAUUUCAUGUUACGACCCUGGCGUCUGUAAAUAAGAUGCAAAAAAAUCUGAAACGCAGUAAUUCCAAGCGGGGAUUAAAGAGGGUAUCGCAAAUGCCGCCAAGGACAGAUUUACUGGGUGACGCGGAGAUCAGAAAGGACCGUGCUAAAAGCUGCUCAGUAAUGUGAAGAACGGACUCAAAAUUAUUUGUAUUUAUUCUGCAUUCUGUACAGUAACUGGCACAGGAGCAACAGGACUGUUGCCAAAUCCAAGGUCGGUAUCCAAGGCUUUUCCUGGAGCCUCGGCCUCAAAACUGGCGAUUUCUGAAUCCAGAGAGCUGUUGCUUAUUUAUGAGGCUUGCAGAGUGACUGUUGCUGUGUUGGCUUCUUGUGGAAAGGAACUAAUGAAGAGGAAGAUUAACCAAGUGUUUGAAUGUUUGUGAAGCUGUGUUGCUAAGGGAGAUAUGGGCUGUUUGUAUUGAGAACUGAAUUUCUUCAGGGACUGUAGGAAAGAUUGAUGGCAGUGAUAGUUUUUGUGUUGUGAAGUAAAAAUGUAUGACAGUCACUUUGGAAUAUUGCCUUUUAAAACAAACUCUAUAUAGGACUCUAGCAAAUGCACACCAAAUAUAAUAUACCCAUUUUUCAUUACUUUCAGAAUUUUACCAUUACAUCAGUGUUUGCACUAAAUUUUAAUAGACUCUGAUAGGGAAUGUUGUACACAUUUGGAAUUAUGGAUUGAGGCUUUGCAUUCCUAUCAUCAUAGAGAAGUUAGCUUAAAAAGAAAACUAAAAUUCCCUCUUGUCAAAUUGUGCCUUCAUCACCUGGUAUUAGAGGGUUGCUGCUGAUGCUGUGACACAACUACCCAGAACUACAGAGAAAUGACACAGUGCUGGGGGUUUCUAGUGUUCCUUGUGUGAAGCAGAAAAGCUCUCACUUAGAAAAUUAAAGUACAUAAUAGGAAUUCAUCCUUGGUUGUGUGAAAGGAUACUGUAAUAGCAUGACUGUAUUUAAAUUACUUCUAAAAUUCAAUUCCAUUGACUUUAAAGGAAUAGAAUUUUGGAGUCAGUGUCCAACAUACACGUGUUACUUCACAGUUUACAAAAUGAGUAAUUUAGGACAUACAACAAAGGGUGGUUUUCAACUCCAUAUAAAAAUGUUUAAUGUGCAUAAGCACUCUUUCCAAAUGGGAAAAGACCAGAACAGAUUUUCUGUGGUUGAGUGUGUCACCAAAAUCAUUACUCGUUCGGCUGAGGAGUCAAUUAUCGCGUUUCGCAGUGUCCUUUCUCAAUGUAUUCAUGCUCUAUGCUACAGUUGAAAUAGUCUUCAAUACUCUGUAUGGAUUCCUAUCAGUAUCCAGCAUUUGUGAAUGGCCUUUUUGAAGACAAUUCUGGAUGUGCCCAGUUCUUUCUUUGUCAGAAUAGUUAAUGAGCAAUUCCUAGUUAGAUUCGCAUCAUUUUUAUAACUUGCUUUAAGGUGCUUUGGUACUUCAACAGCCAAUGGAGAAAAAAUCAAAGUUGACCUUGUAGGUAACCUAACCUGUGACAGUUAAUUCUAGGUUUGGUCCACAGGGAUAAAGUUGUGUGAUCAUUUUAUGAUGUACUUGAGCUGAGUAUUGAACCACCUUGUCAUUCUCCUAGGGGAAAUGUAGAGUCUUUCUAUAGAAAGUGUAGAUGGAAAUCGAUUAUUUGUGUGUUUCCCUUCCCAUGCUUCCAUAUUCACUCCAUCCUUUUCCUUCUGCAAACUUAAUAUGUUCCUCUUUUUUCCCCAUCUCAUUGGCUUUUCCAUUCAGUGGUUCUCCUCCACUAUUCCUGCCUCUCCAGUAUGGUAACACUCUCCUUACUUCUACUUAUUGCUCAUCCCUCUCUCUUGCCCUCUCUUCCGCUCUCCUCCGCUCAUUUUCUAGACACUUCCUGAUCUGCAGAAUGUUCCUAGAUCUCAUUUUUUAAAUUUCAGGUUUCCAACAUCUGCGGUAUUUUAAGAGUUCUGAUAGUGGACUGAAAUAGACAGCGUUCUUUCAGUUUAUACUAUAUUGCAUUAGUAUUUUCCAUUUUACAAAGAACUUGUUAUCUUAUCAAUUACAUGAUUUUGGUCAUAAUCCAGAGAAGCAUUAACCAAGGAAUUGUUGCAAUGCAAUAGCAGGCUUUGUUACAAGAAUGUGGCUUUACAUAAACUCAUAUUCAUACAUCUUCAAUAAAAUAACAAUUGAGAAUUUUCAGCAUUUUCUGUCU